CAUAGAGCUUUACCUGUGCAGCUGGUGUGCUGUGUCUAAGGUAUGGUAUGUGAUGAGUAACCAUGUUUGGGUGUGUAUGUCUAAUGAGGAUACUGACACACACCCUUAUCACUUACACUGCGUAGACUUGUAGGUGUACCUGGCUUUAAAAACCCAGCUCAAGAAGGAGAAUUACAGUGGUGAUUUGGGGUGGAGGAGGAAACAACUUCACAGAAUUGGAUAUCAGGAAAGCGAAAGUCAAGGUGUGCAGUGCUGAAGAACAAAGAAUGUGGCUGUGUAUUGUACUUUUUGGUUUUCUGUCCUUUGCAAAUGCUCAGCAAGAUUGCGCUCGUGGAGCAUGCUACCCUGCAGCGGGAGACCUAUUGAUUGGAAGAACCAAUCUCCUAAAAGCUUCCUCAACAUGUGGAAUGGAGAGUCCUGAAAGCUACUGUACACCCUUCGGAGAGGGCCAGCUAAAGUGUUGUCGCUGUGAUUCACGAGACCCUUUUUCAGCAAUCAGUCACCGGAUUAUGAAUGUGGUGUCACCCAUUGGUCAUCUUCGUUGGUGGCAAUCAGAAAACGGUCUUCCUUCAGUUAACCUGCAAUUUGACACAGGAAGGAAGUUUCAGCUCAGUGAUGUCACUAUGGAUUUCAGGAGCCCCCGGCCUGCUGGCAUGGUAAUAGAGAGAUCUUCAGACUUUGGCAGAACAUGGCAUGUGUAUCAGUAUUUAGCUUAUGAUUGUGCCACUGCUUUUCCACAUAUUAAACGGGGCCGUCCCCAACACCUAGAGGAUGUGCACUGCCAGGAACUGCAUGGUAACCCAAUGCAUGGAGGCAAGAUAAGAUUUAGCCCAAUAGCAAUGGCUUUUACAGUUCCUGUAUCUAAAAGUCAACAAAUUCACGAGCUUGGAGAGUUCACCAACCUAAGGAUUAAUUUCACCCAGCUGACACGCCUGCCACCCCAAAGAUACCGGGAACCCAGUGCGUUUUAUGCAAUAGAUGCGAUGCAUGUCCAUGGCAGCUGCUUCUGUUAUGGCCACGGAGACAGAUGUGUACCUGGUGCCCUGCCAGAGAGAGACCAAUUUGGUGAUAUUCAGUUUCAGGUACAUGAUACAUGCGUGUGCCAACAUAACACUGCUGGAACAAACUGUGAACAUUGUGCUGGCCUCUACAAUGACCUGCCUUGGAGGCCAGCUGAUGAAAUCAACCCCAAUGUGUGCAAGAAGUGCAACUGUAACAAUCAUGCUGACAAAUGCCACUUUGACCCUGAAGUAUAUGAAGCAAGUGGCAGAGUGAGUGGGGGUGUAUGUGAGGAUUGCACUGACGGCACCACAGGAACAAACUGUGAGCAUUGUAAACCUGAUUACUACAGGAAUCCCAAUCGAGACGUCAGCCACCGAGAUGCCUGUGUUUCCUGUGAUUGUGAUCCAGAGGGUAGCAUUGAUGGUGGCAGCUGUGAUCAAACAAAUGGAAGAUGUUUUUGUAAAGAAAAUGUUGGAGGAGAGCGUUGUGAUCAGUGCAAGCCAGGAUUCUAUCUUCUGAGUGCUUCCAAUCCACUGGGAUGCACAAAGUGUGAAUGUGAUCUUCAGGGGACAGAAAAAGACCAACCUUGUGACAGUGAAACAGGACAGUGUCGUUGUCUUUCAAAUGUUAUAGGCCAACGGUGUGAUCAGUGUGCCACCCAACAUUGGAAUCUUGCUAGUGGAAGAGGCUGUCAACAGUGCGGUUGUCAUCCCAGGAACUCAUAUAGUCUGCAGUGUAAUCAGGUAACUGCCCAGUGUUUAUGUAGAGAAGGCUUCGGUGGUCAGCGCUGUACUGAGUGCCCAGUAAGGAUGUAUGGAGACUUACAGACUGGAUGUAAAGCGUGCAAUUGUGACUUCCAAGGAACCACUGAUAUUGGUUGUGAUAAAGCUGGAAAAUGUUUGUGUCGUCAAGGCGUUAUUGGAGUACGAUGUGACUCUUGCCAAAGAGGAUAUGCUAACACAUACCCAGAUUGCAGACCAUGCCACACCUGUUUCCAGUUUUAUGACAGUGAGUUUAGAACUCUUGGCACUCAAAUGCAAGCGCUAAGAAACACAAGUACAUUCGAAGGGGGACAAUCCGCUAUAGACUUUGAACCUCGGCUAGCCAUGUGCAGAGAUGAACUUCAGCGUAUUCAAAGACUAUCAAGUGGGUCAGGUGUCUCAGACAACGAGCUUUUACAGAUGGAGAACCAACUGGCAAAGAUGAGAGUGGACGUGAGACAACUCAAUCCCGAUCUGCCACCUUUGGAUGAUUUAGAGUCUCUUCCAAAUGAUUUAAACUCCUUGGAGGUCCACUAUAACAACAUUAAUAUGCUUUACCAGAGGAAAAUGACCCAGCAAGGAAAUGUCAUUGCACAAAACGCUUCAGGUUUAUUUACCAUUGUGAGCUCUGCAUACCAGUCAUCACAGGAGUCUGCAAAAACUGUGGUCGCAGCCAUGGCAACUGUAUCCCAAUCAAGGGAAAGUAGGAAAGGGUUGAAUGGGCUUGAAGGGAAGAUCCAAGAGGCAUUGGAGGACUUGAGGACACUAAAAGAUGAACUGUCCUACCCAGACCUUACACCAACCAUUAACAGGGUCUGUGAGGGUAUAAGAACAGACUCUUGCACCCCAGAAAACUGCCCUGGAAACAUAUGUCGAAGAAAUAAUGUUACCUUGUGUAAGGUGGGAACUCUUUGCAGAGGGGCUUUCCCUUUGUCCAUGAAUGCACUAAGAACCUCAGAGAAAACUUCCAAGGAUCUAUUGGACCUCAGCAACAAACUGAUGAAGAAUGCUCAAAUGAUAACAGAAGCAGAAAAAACGGCCAAUGAGAUUAAAGAUAAUGCACAGAAUUUGAUAAACCAAGUCACUCAGACCAGGAAAGAUAUGGAACAACGCAUAGGAAUCACCAAGCAAUUUAUACAACAAGUCCGAGAUUUUCUGACAGAACCCUCAACAGAUCCAGCCACUAUUCAAGAAGUUAGUGAAUACAUUUUGUCCCUCAAACUUCCUGUUGAUGCAUUAUCUCUUCAAAGAAAAAUGAAUGAAAUCCGCAACAUAGCAGAGAAGUUGCCUAAUGUGGAAUUAGUGUUGUCACAGACAAGAGAAGAUAUAGCCAGAGCAAAGCAACUACAAACGGAUGCUGAGGAUGCCAGGAACAAAGCAAAGACAGUUGAAGACAAUGUGGAUGGUGUGGUAGAGAAUAUAGGAGUAGCAAAGAAAGCCCUCCAGGAAGCUGGAGAUAAAAUACGUGGAUCCAGCUUGUCUUUGCAGCAGAUACAAGAUCGUGUGCUAGAGAUUGGCCAAGUUUUGGACCCUAUAAAGAAAGGGAUGGAUGAAAUGCGCGACCAGCUACAAAGCUUUGAACAGCAAACAGAGAACCUGCGUGACAGAACUGCAGAAAAUCUACAACAGGCAGGUCAGGCCAAACGUGCAGCAGAAGGAGCUCACAAAAAAGCCGUGGAUGCACAACAGGGUCUAGAUGCUGUGAUGGAAAAAUAUGCACUGGUAAAGAGCCGCCUAGGACAAGCAACUAAUAUUGGAGCUAAUGGACAGCUGGUUGCAAAGAUUAAGAUGGAUGCAGAUGAUCUUUUCAAAGAAUCACAGGAAACAAUGAGAAGGAUGAAAGAAAUUGAAAGUGAAUUGCUUAAGGACCAGCAAAAGAUGAUAAAGAAAUCCUCAGAGCUUAAUGACCUUGAAGAUGAGAUCAGGAAGAUUCGAGAUGACAUCAGUAAUAGAGCUGUCUUCUAUUCAACCUGUAGGGAUUAAAAAGAACAUUGUAAAUGUCCACAUUGGUGUCCUUUCACAGAAGACAUAUUUAAACUUGUGGUAACACAAUACUGUGCAAAAAGAUAUGCCCUUUUCAGUAUACACACCAGGCAAUAAUUUCCCAAUUCUGGACAUUCACCUAUUUAUUAAAAUACUCUCCCCCACUGAUAAAGAAUUUAAUGCUUGUUUUUUUUUUCUGUGGGAUGAUACACAACAGAAUAUUAUUUAUCUUAAUACCUGGUAACCUUUUCUUCUUCAAUGCAUUCAUGUUGUGACUAUUCAGUCCCUGAAUCCGCUGUUCUAAUAAUUUAUUAAUUUAAACAAUAAAUACGACAAUGCCUGAA